AUGAAGGAGGGUCUUAACAUUUCCACUCUUCCAAAUCCAUUGCAACGAUAUGAGCUUGGUACAAAACUUGGGUCUGGAAUCUUUGGUGAAGUAUACAAAGCAAUUGAUACACAAGCUGCUGGAAAAACUGUUGCUGUUAAAGUCCAAAUUAAUACAGACGAUAACGAAAAUCACAUACAAGAAGAAUAUAAGAUUCUAAGAGAUUUUACUAAACACCCUAAUGUAAUAGAUUUCUAUGGAGUAUUCUGUGAGAGGUCAGAAGAUGUUAAGAAAAUAUGGUUUGUUUUGGAGUUGUGCGAAUGCGGAUCUGUUAUCGACAUUGUCAGAAAGCUACUUGCGGUUGACAGAAAAAUGUCCGAGGAGCACAUCGCAUAUAUCCUGAAAUAUACAAUCAAGGCGGUCGUUUAUUUACACGAGAACAAAGUGAUACAUCGGAAUAUUAGAUGCAGUAAUAUUUUAAUCACUAGAGAUGGAGAAGUGAAACUUUCGGAUUUUGGUCUGUCAUGUAAAUUAAAUGGAACGCUUGGAAAACGUAAUACAAACAUUGGAUCUCCAAGCUGGAUGGCCCCUGAAGUCGUGACGUGUAUUGGAGGUUAUGGGAAUAGAGCCGAUGUGUGGGCUCUAGGUAUAACUACAAUUGAAAUGGCAGAUGGCAAAGGUCCUUUUCAAGAAAUGCACCCUACCAGGGCUUUAUUUCAGAUUGUCAGAAAUCCACCACCUAAUCUAUCAAAACCAGCUAUGUGGUCCAAUGACCUCAAUGAUUUUAUUACAGAAUGUUUAGAAAAAAACCCUGAACAUCGACCAUAUAUGAUGGAAUUAGUAGAGCAUCCAUUCAUAAAAUCUGUACCGGAAAAUGAUUAUCACCUAUCAAUGGAAUUAAAAUUUUUAGCAAAAGACUUAAAAGAAAUAGAAGCCCCAAAUAAGCCGCUGGAAAGAAUAAUAAAAAACGGGGUUUUAAUAACCGAAGGUUCUCAAAAUCCAGAAAUUAUGCAAGUGGAAGAUUUGGCAGCAUUAGAAAAUUUAACUGAAGAUAAUUUACUAGUUGAAUUGCAAACUAAAUUAGCAAAAGGUUUCUUUACAUCUUUUGUUGGAGAUAUUCUUCUCAUACUCAAUCCUAACACAUGUGAUGAUAUUUACAAUGAAAGUUAUCACAAAAAGUAUGAAUGUAAAAGCAGAUCUGACAACAAGCCGCAUAUAUUCGCAGUAGCCGAUAGUGCAUAUCAAUAUGCCUUGCACCACAAUGAACCUCAGCACAUAGUAUUUACUGGAGAAAGCAAAUCAGGCAAAACAACAAAUAUGAUUCACGCAUUAUCACACUUAACCUAUUUAGGUGCUAUGAAAAAUAAUACAGCCGAAAGAGUACAGAAAGCUACAAAAAUUAUUCAAGCUGCGAUUACUGCCUCUACACCUAUAAACACACAUUCUACCAGAGCAAUUUUUCAAAUACAAGUGACAUAUGGAAGUUCAGGAAAACUUAGCGGUGCUAUUUUUUGGCUUUAUCAAUUAGAAAAGUGGCGUGUAUCAUCUACUGAUAUGAGUCAGGCAAAUUUCAAUCUAUUAUAUUAUUUCUACGACGCAAUGGAAACAGCAAAUAGGUUAGAAGAAUUUAGUUUGGAGAAAAAUAGAAAACAUAGGUACUUAAGAAUACCAGAAGAAUUGGCGAAACCGACGAUUAGCGUAAGAGAAAGUCCUGAUCAAAACUCAGAAAAUUAUAAAGAAUUUAUAGAAAACUUGAAAAUAUUAGAUUGGGAGGAACUAGAUAUCAACUUUCUUCAAACAGUAAUAGCUGCGAUUCUUGUUCUCGGUAAUGUGAAAUUUAAAGAUGAUAAAAAUGGUUCCGCUGAAAUAGAAAAUCCUGAAGAAGCUAAAAAAGUUGCUAAAUUGUUAUGUCUUGAAGAAGCAAAAUUCCUGUGGGCCCUUCUUAACUAUUGUUUAGUUGAAAAUGGGACGGCGGUAAAAAGAAAACAUUCUACUGAUGAAGCGAGAGAUGCAAGGGAUACUUUAGCUAGCGCUUUAUAUAAAAGACUAAUCGAUUGGAUGUUUAAUUUGAUAAAUUCGAAAUUGUCAUUUAUGAGAUCAGUUUUUGGAGACAAAUAUUCUGUCAGUUUGUUAGACAUGUUUGGCUUCGAAUGUUUUCAUAGAAACCGAUUAGAACAGCUAAUAGUCAAUACUACAAACGAACAAAUGCAAUUUCUGUACAAUCAAAGAAUAUUUGCAUGGGAAAUGCAAGAGGCAGCAGAUGAUGAAGUUACUACGGCUUCCUUACAGUUUUAUGAUAACAAAAAUUCCGUUGAUCAACUUAUGAGUAGACCAAUGGGUCUAUUUUAUAUUCUGGAUGAAGCUAGUCAAAUAGGAAGUGGACAGGAAUACAUUAUGAGUAAAAUAAGAACAACAUGCAAAGGACCCUACAUAAGAUUAUCUGGAAGCCACGAAUUUAGUGUAGCUCAUUACACAGGCAAAGUAAAUUACGACGCCCGAGAAAUGGCUGACAAAAACAAAGAUUUCUUGCCCCCCGAAAUGAUAGAAACUAUGAGAGCUUCGACAAAUACCACAGUGCAACAGUUAUUCAAAAACAAAUUAACUAAAACUGGUAAUCUGACAAUGUCGCCGAACCAACCAAAAGUAACAGUAGUGAGGUCGAAAUCAGAGAAAGAAAUAGAGAAUACAAAAGCAAGAAAAUAUAACACAGUAUCAAGAGGUCAAUUUUCACAAGUGCACAGAAUGAGAACAGCAGCCGCAACAUAUCGUGCAUGCAGCUUAGAAAUCCUCAAACAAUUGUCUAUAGGUCCUGGUAGUGGAGGAACACACUAUGUGAGAUGUAUCAGAACCGACCUUAAUGGCAACCCAAGAGGAUUUCAGACAGAGGUCGUUAAACAACAAUUAAGAGCUUUAGCAGUUUUGGACACCGCUAAGGCUCGUCAAAGUGGAUUUCCUUGUCGAAUACCAUUUGCCGAAUUUAUUCGCCGGUAUCGGUUCUUAGCUUUUGAUUUUGAUGAGACUGUAGAAGAAACUAAGGAUAAUUGUAGACUAUUAUUAAUUCGGCUGAAGAUGGAAGGUUGGGUAUUGGGAAAAACUAAAGUAUUCCUUAAAUAUUACAACGAAGAAUUCUUAUCAAGGUUAUAUGAAACACAAGUCAAGAAGAUCAUAAAAGUGCAAUGCAUGAUGCGAGCAUAUUUGGCUAGAAGGAACGCUAUAAAGAGUAAAGCCAAAAUAAUACACAUAAAAGAAAUAAAGAAACAACAGUCUUUGAACGUAUCGCAAGAUGAAGCUGCACUGUUAAUACAGAAAGCAUAUCGUGGUUAUAUAGUACGAAAGGCGUACGGUCCGCUUAUCAACAAAAGCACGGGCCAGAUAGAUGAAGAAACAGCUACAUUCCUCAAAAGGUACGCCAUGAAGUGGAAAAGCCGGUCUAUAUUUCAAGUUCUACUGCAGUACAGAGCUGUUCGUUAUCAGGACUUAGUACACUUUUCGCAACAGGUGCAUAUCUACAACCAAGCUGUAUUAGAAGCACUCCUAACAACUAGCACCUCAGUACUUUUAGACAGAGUUGAUCCGCAAGCAAAAGAAUGUGACUUUCUUGGGUCUGGACCACAGACAGUCUGGAAACUUCCAUUUCGUAUAGAUCAACUGCAGUAUUAUGAUACGUCAUAUAUGUGCGAUCCCUGCGCUAAAUCCACUGACACAUUUGCCAGUCAAUACGAUUCAGACCACGAACAGUGGGACGAACCGUUGAAACGUCGAUUUAGUACAACACAAACAGAGGCCACUGUGGUAUCGACUAGUACACAGACGCUUAUGACCGUGCCAUUCUGCAGAGACCCCACGCAACCUGUGCCAACGUUACCACCCGAACCAGUUAAAACUUCAACUAUUACUAAACAAUUAAGUAAAGAUGGUCAAAAUAUCCGACCCACUGUAUACAAAAAGAAAUCUGCCCAAUCUACUCAAGCUUACUACCAGCCGCCUGAACCCUGGGUGAAACCGCGCGAUGACACUAAUAUACUAGAAGAUAGCGUUCCAAAACUAAGGAAAACAAAUUAUAGUAGAAGCUUAUAUGGCAUUGAUGGUCCAAACUUGCAAAACCCAAUUAAAGAGUUGCAAUCGUUAGCAAAAUCGACGAGUGAUAUGACCGGCGAUGACCCACCGUUUAAUUUCCAAGCGAUGUUAAAAAAGACACCACGAAACAGAGCAUCUAUGAAGAGGUCUGGUGAAACAGAUAAUGGUAUAUUAGAAGAUAGAACAGGCAAAGGUGUUAUUGUGCGUGGUAAGGUUUCCUCUGGUAAAGUAACACCGGUUAGUGGCAAAGCCAGCCCAGCUCCGCCGCCCCCGCGUAAUGCAAGCAAGGAAUUGUUGAGGAAAGAUUCAAAAGAUGUAAUAAUGUCAGCACUAAAUAAAGAUACCAAGACGGAUCUAAUUUGCACUUUUGUUGACAACAACUUACAAAUAGUUCAACUAGCCCCAGGAAUCACCGUUGAAGGAAACGUUACUGAUUUAUAA